AUGUCUGCUCCUGUCAUCCCUCCAGACGGCACCAUCGUCCAGACCUUCAAACGGUCGUUUGUCGACGUCCCCAUUGACGCCGACAAGGACAAUGCGAUCGCCACGACCGAGUUCCUCGACGCUGCCGAGUCCCUGACCACAAUCUUUGAUGUUCUCGGCGGCGUUGCCUUCUCUCCCGUCAAAAGUGACCUGAACGGCAACAUCAAGAAGCUCCGCGACCGCCAGCUCGCUGCCCCUGCCGAUUCGACCACAAUCCAGGAUCUGGUCAGGAACGAGCUCGCCACGAAGAAGCACACGGCCACCGAGGGUCUGCUCUGGCUUGUCCGUGGCCUCGAAUUCACCUGCAUCGGUCUGUCCUCCAACAUCGCCAAGGAAUCCGAGGAACUUGCCGACUCGUUCCGCGCCGCCUACGGAAGCACGCUCAAGCCCCACCACAGCUUCAUGGUCAAGCCCAUCUUCAGCGCGGCCAUGAGUGCGACCCCCUACCGCCAGACCUUCUACGCAAAGCUGGGUAACGACCAGGAGAAGGUCAAGGUCGAAAUGCGGGCGUACUUGAUGGCGUUGGAGAAGGUGGUUGGCAUCCUCAAGGGCUUCCUUGAUAGCAAGGAUGCCAAGUGGUAG